UGAACCCCAAAAAAAAAAAAGAAAAAAAGCACAAUUUCUUCUCUGAUAUCUUGUCUCCUCUCUCCACCUUCAAAACCACCAUGAAGGUGAUCAAUAUCCUCUUCAUCAUUGCUAUCACUAUGGUCUUAACCCUUACACUAACCAUGAAAAACAUAGAAGAACCGGCCUCGAAAAGCUCGAUCCUGCAUCCAGACGGGGAAAAACCUGUAGCCCUCAAAAGGCAGGUGAGCCGGUUUCUCGCCGAAAAAGAAAGGAAUCCCAGAGCAGCUGAUCAUUGCAUGAAGGACAAUGAAAUAUGCCAGAUUAUGGGAGGAAAAAGCUCAAAAUGCUGCAAUAAUAAGUGCAUGGAUUUGGAUAAUGAUAAGAAUAAUUGUGGGGCGUGCAAAAAGAAGUGUCGUUACACAGAAGCUUGCUGCAGAGGGGAAUGUGUGGAUCUUUCAUAUGAUAAGAGGCACUGUGGGCAGUGCAAUAACAAGUGCAUGAAUGGAGGUUACUGUAUUUAUGCCAUGUGUGAUUAUGCUUAAAAUGAGCAGGAAAUUCUCCAUGGAUUGAUUUCAUUGAUAAUAAUUAAGGUUUGGAAUUAUAAUUUAUUAAUUAUUAUAAAUAAAAAACCACGUUUGAUUUGGUGGUUCUCGAUGGAUAAUGUAUUGUUUUACGU